AUGGCGAAACAAUGGGCUCAUGCUGCAAAGGCAGCGCGUCCUGACGAGUUCAUGACUCUGAGUGCAUUGAAUGUUGACCAGGAGUUUCCCACCGUAGAUCUAUAUGGUCAAUGGAACGUUUCCCAGAAUCGCAAGAACGAAUACGACGUGCGGAUGUUUCAAGCCGAAUGGGUCAGUCAAGUGGUCAUUAUCCACAAGGACGGAAGCUGUGCUAGGGUGACGACCUUCAAGAGACAUACCACGGUGAUGAAAACCACUGUAACACGCCGCCUUCGUGGCAAAAAGAAAAGAUAUCAAAACGAUGAUGGGCGAUUCACCAUGGAGCGAUUCGGUCUCCAGGAUAUCUUCACGGCCGGCGCCAACCUCAUGAGUCUUCCGAAAGGGCAGAGCCCGGCGCUAAACGAGCGUGCGCGCUUGAUGAGCUUUCACUGGGGAUCGUCCGAGUCGGUUUCGAUAACGCUUGUUUCAUCUUUCAUCCACGUCGCGAUGCAAUGCGUUAGCCUCCAUGGAACAGCAUCUUCUCUUGACUUGAAUAUGGACGUCUGA